AUGUCUUCUCUGUCAGGCUUGCAACGAAUUCCGCGUGUUCACAACAAGAAGUACAAGCGCUCCGGUCCCAAAUCCUAUGUCUACCUCCUCCAGAAAUGGGGCUUCGAGCCCACCAUGCCUGGUCCAUACUUUCAGAUGAACAAGGUCGUUCAAUCUGGAAAGCAUGGCCAUUUUCAUAAGUUCGGUGGAAAGGCUACAACACAUCGUGUCCUAGCCAAGAGAGCGAGCGGUGCUACAUCUGGAGACGCAUCAACCACAGAUGGUAGUGAAGUGACAGCCGAGGAUGUUCAAAAUGAUUCCGAAUACCUCUGCCCCGUUCAAAUUGGUACUCCAGCACAGACUCUCAGUCUCGACUUCGAUACCGGAUCUGCUGAUCUCUGGGUCUGGUCUACCGAGUUGUCUUCCUCCAUCCAGUCUCAAGGAAAGAGCGCUGGACACACGAUCUAUAACCCCAAGGCCUCUUCCACAUACAAGGCACAAUCCGGCUCAACAUGGCAGAUCUCCUAUGGAGAUUCGUCUUCUGCUUCAGGUGAUGUUGGAACGGAUGUUGUGAGCAUUGGUGGGCUGGCUAUCCAGAACCAGGCAGUUGAGUUGGCCAAGACCAUGUCUACCCAGUUCAUUCAAGGAGCUGGCGACGGACUCUUGGGUCUUGCUUGGGGUUCCAUCAACACCGUUACACCAACUGCUGUUCAGACACCAGUCGAGAACAUGAUCACUCAACAAGAUAUCCCUUCCACUGCAGAACUCUUCACUGCCAACCUUGGCAGCUGGCGUGAUGCCAAUGAACCCGACAAGGGAGUUAGCUUCUACACUUUCGGAUACAUUGAUCAGGAUGUUGUCACGGCCUCCGGUCAAGAGAUUGCCUGGACCCCAGUUGACAACUCUCAAGGGUUCUGGAUGUUCCAAUCCGAGUCCGCUGAGAUCAACGGUACACCCGUUCAGCAAUCUGGCAACACUGCCAUCGCUGACACCGGAACCACUCUUGCCUUGGUUUCUGACGCUGUGUGCAAAGCCAUCUAUGCCGCUAUUCCAGGCUCAACAUACGACAACACUCAGCAAGGUUAUACCUUCCCAUCCAGCACAACUGCUGAUCAGUUGCCAACUGUCACCUUUGCUGUUGGUGGCACUCAAUUCGCCGUUCAAAAGGAAGAUUUGGGAUUCGCUGAUGCUGGCAAUGGUAUGGUUUAUGGUGGCAUUCAAUCUCGUGGUACCAUGACUUUUGAUAUCUUGGGAGAUACCUUCUUGAAGGGAAUCUAUGCUAUCUUUGACCAAGGUAACACUCGUUUCGGUGCUGUCCCCAGACCUGAGACAACCCAGAACACUGCUGUUCCCCCUUCUACUUCUUAG